AUGAGUAACGGUCUCCACAAGGAUCUUUACACCGUUUAUACCAACUCAAACAUUGUUUACGAUUUCACAACUUACAAUUCCAUUUCUCAUGCUCAAAAUAAGUUUAUAAACAUAGACUUUCACUACAGGGAAAAGUUGCCUCUAGUCUUCUUCAAAUUCACUAUAUGCUCUUACCAACCUCUAAGUCGCUCAUGCUCCACCCAAUCUUUGUCAUCUUCAAGAAGGAAGGUACUAGUUGGAGCUUUAAGAUUAAGGAAGGUGGCGUGGAUUGAGGGUGGAGCCAACUCAAUUGGCUUGGUAGAGUUAUUUAUAUGUGGAGUUAAGAAGACUCAGAAGCGGAGGAAUCAAAGCAAAGACUGGCAGUUAGUUGGCUUUGGCCUUUUCUUCUUUAUCCACAUUCCAACUGUCCAAUACGCGCAAACCAGCAUCCUUGCCUUUCAGCCUUUCAACCUUUCACCACUCCUUGCGCUUUACACUCAUCAUCAUGGUUCAAGCAUUGUUCGACACAACCCAUCUAUCGUUGACACCACCAUAAUUCUACCACCAAGGCAAGAAGGACCAAUGACAUUGUUUAAUGUUUACGAGCGACACAUAGAACAAAUCUUCAUGGAGUGGACCAGAGGCCACAUGCUCGGCCGUGGUUCCACCGCGGCGGUCUACAUCGCCAUGUCCUGUAGCUCCGAUAGAGUGUUUGCGGUGAAGUCGGCCGAGCUCCACCGGUCGGAAUUCCUCAGAAGGGAGGAGAUGAUUCUUUCCACACUCAAGUGUCCUCAAAUUGUGGCAUACCAAGGUUGUGACACCACGUUUGAGAACGGUGCUUACUUGUUCAACAUGUUCAUGGAGUACGCGCCUCACGGGACGCUGGCGGAGCGCGGUGGUGGCAUGGAUGAAGCAAUGGUAGGGUCCUACACGCGCCAAAUUCUGCAGGGGCUGCAGUACCUCCACUCCAAUGGGAUAGUGCAUUGCGACGUGAAGGGGCAGAACGUGUUGGUGACGGAGCAGGGGGUGAAAAUUGCGGACUUGGGUUGCGCUCGGAGGGUGGGGGAGCCAUCGGCGAUCGCUGGUACACCGGCGUUCAUGGCGCCGGAGGUGGCGCGUGGGGAGCAGCAGGGGUUCCCUGCUGACGUGUGGGCUCUGGGGUGCACGGUGCUGGAGAUGAUUACCGGGAAGCCACCAUGGCACGGAAGCGGUGACCCAGCUGCGGUGGUUUACAGGAUCGGGUUCUUUGAAGAAUUGCCGGAGAUUCCUAGUUUUGUGUCGGAGCAGGGGAGGGACUUUUUGGGGAAGUGUUUAAAGAGGGACCCAAAUGAGAGGUGGUCGGUGGAGGAUCUUCUUGGACACGGUUUUGUUAAGGAAUGCAUGGAAUUGAAGUUGUUUUCGUUGGAUUCAGACACUCCCACUAGUGUGUUGGAACGAGGAUUUUGGGAUACAUUGGAGACAAGUCAGCAAGGAGCACGUGAUUGUCCCUCUCCUAGGGACAGAAUUCGUAGGUUGUUUUCGGAUGAACCCCUUUGGGUAUGGAACAACGAUGAUGAUAAUAAUGAUGAACAAUGGGUCACGGUGAGGAGCAAUGAGGUCCAUGAAGGGUUAUCCCUUCCCAAAACGGACAGUACAUUUUGUAAUAUGGUUAGUGAUGAGGAGAACGGUUCAGUAAGCUUUUGUGAACCUGAAACUGUAGUAUCAACUGUAGUUACAUUGGGUAGAUGGAAUGCUAUAAAUUGUGAUGAUUGUUAUCUUAGAGGCAGAAACUCUGAGUUUUGCUGCAGAGAAUCAUUAUUGUCAGUUUGUGUGUGUCCAGUGAUUGUUCUCCAUGGAAAAUUUUAUUCUCAGGAUAUGGGAGUUCUUAUUUUAUCAUGCACUGCUUUCUUAUUCUUCUCUCUGUCACUCUCUUUAAUUCCACUUUGUUUGGAUGGGUUAAACACUUUUCAUUUUCAUCAGUAUAAUAUAAUAUGGGAUAAUGUGUGCGCCACAUAA